AUGCGCUACCCUCCUAAGAAAGUGUUAUUUUGGUUCCCCGCGUGCAUUAGUACGGUGAUCAUCAUUAUAGCAUCAAUUGUGGUGAUUCUCAAAUACGUCCACGACAACCCAGCAAGUAACGUUGGCUUGAACUACGGCCUCCUGGGAGACAAUCUCCCGCCUCCAUCAAAUGUUAUCAAACUCUACAAGUCCAUUGGCAUUACCAAAGUUCGUAUCUUCGACCCAAACACCGAGCCAGCGAAGAAGCUGUUAAAGACUAACAUCGAGCCUUACUUAACCGACGUCAAUAUCACGUUCAUUACCAUCGGUAACAAAGUCAUCCCUGGACUACACGGACCUCAGGUGCUUCCCGUCAUGACGUCUCUCACCAACCUCGUCAAGUCUAGGAAUCUUCCCAUCUCCAUAACCACUGUAGUGCUUCAUUCUCUAUUUAACUCGUGA